GCUCCCGGGCUGCGCGGCCUGGGCGGCGUGCCUCUGCUUGGGGUCCCCAGGCACGACAGUGAGCCGACUGAAGGGGGUUGGGGGGCAUUUGCUGGGCUGGGUCCUGUUCCGCCGCGCUGAGGAACAGACGACGCCACAGCUCUGGUGUUGUCCGCCUGUGGCCAGUGCCGGAGCCCGAACUGCCCUCUCCUCACCCAGGUGCAGGGGCAGCCAGGGAGGAGGAGGCGGGAGGGGCCGAGGGCAGGGGCAAGGCCAAGCCAGGCGGCCCCACGGUGAUCCAUCGGUGCCUCAGGGACAUAGGUUGAGGCUGGGCGCUCCCGGCGUAGCUGCCUCCGUUCAGGGGCUGUAGAAGCCGACGGUGGCUUCAGUGGCUUCGCUGAACAGAGGGAACCUCCGCCUCGGUGGGAACAGCGGGAUGUUCGAAGGGCGCUGGUCACAGAGGUCCCUGGGAGCAGAGGCCAGGGGCAGGGAGCUUGAAAAGCAGAAGGGCCCCACACUCCCAGGGCGCUCCACCCAUCUGGGCCCCUCCGCUGCCACCGGCCCGGAGUGGGGGGCCGUGACGCCAUAAUCCCUUGGGCCCAGGGCUGGAGGCUGAGUGGCACCGCAGGCCCCCGCCCCCGGGUCCCGUGGGCUGGGCCGGCCUCGGUGCGGCUGGGUGCACGCAGUCGGAGGCGGCGCCGGCCAGGCCGCCGGGCGCCUAUGGACGCGCGGAGCCCGCUGUCUCCCCGGGCCAGCGCGUUCAGCAUCGCCUCUCUGGUUGCAGCAGAGGCCGUAGAGCGCACAGCUCGCCUGGGUCCCCGGUCCUCCGACCAGGCGAAGCUUCGCCGGCUGCUGGGAUCCCCGGCCGGGAUGCACUUCAGCACGGUCACCAGGGAUAUGGAAGCCUUCACGGCCAGCAGCCUGAGCAGCCUGGGGGCCGCGGGGGGCUUCCCGGGCGCCGCGUCGCCGGGCGCCGACCCGUACGGCCCACGCGAGCCCCCGCCGCCGCCGCGCUACGACCCUUGCGCCGCCGCCGCCGCCCCCGGCGCCCCGGGCCCGCCGCCGCACGCCUACCCGUUCGCGCCGGCCGCCGGGGCCGCCACCAGCGCCGCCGCCGAGCCCGAGGGCCCCGGGGCCAGCUGCGCGGCCGCCGCCAAGGCGCCGGUGAAGAAGAACGCGAAGGUGGCCAGCGUGAGCGUGCAGCUGGAGAUGAAGGCGCUGUGGGACGAGUUCAAUCAGCUGGGCACCGAGAUGAUCGUCACCAAGGCCGGCAGGCGCAUGUUCCCCACAUUUCAAGUGAAGCUCUUCGGCAUGGACCCCAUGGCCGACUACAUGCUCCUCAUGGACUUCGUUCCAGUGGACGACAAGCGCUACCGGUAUGCCUUCCACAGCUCCUCCUGGCUAGUAGCCGGGAAAGCAGACCCUGCCACACCAGGCCGUGUACACUACCACCCUGACUCGCCUGCCAAGGGUGCACAGUGGAUGAAGCAAAUUGUGUCCUUCGACAAGCUCAAGCUGACCAACAACCUGCUGGACGACAACGGCCAUAUUAUUCUCAACUCCAUGCACAGAUACCAGCCCCGCUUCCAUGUUGUCUAUGUGGACCCACGCAAAGAUAGUGAGAAAUAUGCUGAGGAGAACUUUAAGACCUUUGUGUUUGAGGAGACUCGCUUCACUGCGGUCACUGCUUACCAGAACCAUCGGAUCACGCAGCUCAAGAUAGCCAGCAACCCUUUCGCCAAAGGCUUUCGAGACUGCGACCCGGAGGACUGGCCCCGAAACCACCGGCCCGGCGCGCUGCCGCUUAUGAGCGCCUUCGCUCGCUCGCGGAACCCGGUGGCCUCCCCCACACAGCCCAACGGGUCAGAGAAAGAGGCGGCCGAGGCUCGGCGAGAAUUCGAGCGCGACGCGGGUGGACCGGCCGUGCUCGGGGACCCGGCGCACCCGCCUCAGCUGCUGGCACGGGUGCUGAGCCCAGCGCUGCCCGGGGCCGGUGGCGCUGGCGGUCUCGUCCCGCUGCCCGGUGCACCCGGAGGCCGGCCCAGCCCUCCGCACCCGGAGCUGCGCCUGGAGGCGCCAGGCGCGUCGGAGCCGCUGCACCACCACCCGUAUAAGUACCCGGCCGCCGCCUACGACCAUUACCUCGGGCCCAAGAGCCGGCCGGCGCCCUACCCGCUGCCGGGCCUGCGCGGCCACGGCUACCACCCGCACACGCACGCGCACCCACACCACCACCACCCCGCCGUGAGCCCAGCCGCCGCCGCUGCCGCCGCGGCCGCGGCCGCCGCCGCCGCCGCCAACAUGUACUCGUCGGCCGGGGCCGCGCCGCCCGGCUCCUACGACUACUGCCCCAGAUAAUGCGGGCGCCCGCUGGCCGCUCCCCGCCCGGGGUCCCCGCACAGCCCUGAGGGCCGUCGGGGUUCCAGUCCACCCAGCCCCAAGGGCCUUCCAAGAACACGUUCCCCCAAGCCCCGGGGGCCAGUGCGGGUCUCCCCUUCCCCAGCCUCGAAGCCAUCGGGGUCCUCCACCUUCCAGCCCUGACAGCUGUCGAAGUAUAUGGUUCCCCAGUCCCGGGAGCCACCGCGGGUCCCCCCCCAGCCCCGAGGGCCACGGGGUCCGCGCCCGCCAGUGCCAAAGCGCCCGGUCAGCGGCGGAAGGAAGUGAUAUUUAUUGUUCUCCGCGAGACCGUGUCGCCCCCCCCCCAACUCCCCGGCCCGGCCGGCAGUUGCAGUGUAGACGAUCCGAGAGCCCGUCUGCAGGCGGUGUAGAUACGUGUAGAUAUUUGUAGAUACUGUAGAUACCGCGCCGGCGCCGACUUGAUAAAGGUUUCGCCUCUUUUGGAAGCUG